AAAAAUGGCCGAGCUUGUCAAAGACAACUCAACGCCCCGGCUACGGUCACAUUCAGUUUUAUUUUAGAAGUUUUGCAGUGUAAGAUAUUUUUAUAGCAAAUCUACGCUCUAUUUCGCUUAUUUGAGGAGUUUGCAGAGCAAAACUGCUGACAGAAAAUUGAGAAAAUCGGCAAAAUGACGCAAAUGUCGCAGGACGAAAUCAUAACCAAUACGAAAACAGUCCUUCAAGGCCUCGAAGCCUUGCGAGUGGAGCAUGUUUCGAUUAUGAACGGUAUCGCCGAGGUGCAGAAGGACAAUGAAAAGUCGGACAUGCUGCGAAAGAACAUCGAGAACAUCGAACUGGGCCUCAGCGAGGCCCAGGUGAUGAUGGCCCUGACGUCCCAUCUGCAGAACAUCGAGGCCGAGAAGCACAAGCUUAAGACACAGGUGCGCCGCCUCCACCAGGAGAACGCCUGGCUCCGCGACGAGCUUGCCAACACUCAGCAAAAGUUCCAGGCAUCCGAGCAGCUGGUGGCCCAACUGGAGGAGGAGAAGAAGCACCUGGAAUUCAUGGCGUCCGUGAAGAAGUACGACGAGAACCAGGAGCAGGAUGACGCUUGCGACAAGUCCCGCACCGAUCCCGUGGUCGAGCUAUUCCCAGACGAGGAAAACGAGGACAGACACAACAUGUCGCCCACUCCGCCCAGCCAGUUCGCCAACCAGACUUCCGGCUACGAGAUUCCAGCGCGUCUCCGCACUCUGCAUAACCUGGUCAUUCAGUAUGCAUCCCAGGGAAGAUACGAGGUAGCCGUUCCCCUCUGCAAACAAGCAUUGGAAGAUCUCGAAAGGACAAGUGGUCACGACCAUCCCGAUGUAGCAACCAUGCUGAACAUUUUGGCUCUCGUGUACCGCGAUCAGAACAAGUAUAAGGAGGCCGCCAAUUUACUCAACGACGCUCUGUCGAUUCGGGGAAAGACAUUGGGCGAGAACCAUCCAGCCGUGGCGGCCACGUUGAACAACUUGGCCGUCCUCUAUGGCAAACGUGGCAAGUACAAAGAUGCCGAGCCACUGUGCAAGCGUGCCUUGGAGAUCCGAGAGAAGGUCCUGGGAAAGGAUCAUCCCGAUGUUGCCAAGCAACUCAACAAUCUCGCCUUGCUCUGCCAGAAUCAGGGCAAGUACGACGAGGUUGAGAAGUACUACCAGCGAGCUCUCGACAUCUACGAAUCAAAGUUGGGUCCCGAUGAUCCCAACGUGGCCAAGACAAAGAAUAAUCUGGCCGGCUGCUAUCUGAAGCAAGGUAGAUACACGGAAGCUGAAAUCCUCUAUAAGCAGGUCUUGACGCGAGCCCACGAACGUGAGUUUGGAGCCAUCGACAGCAAAAACAAGCCCAUUUGGCAGGUGGCUGAGGAGCGUGAGGAGCACAAAUUCGAUAACAGGGAGAACACUCCAUAUGGCGAGUACGGCGGUUGGCAUAAGGCCGCUAAAGUGGAUUCGCCCACGGUCACAACCACUCUAAAAAAUCUGGGAGCACUUUACCGACGUCAAGGCAUGUUUGAAGCGGCCGAAACCCUGGAAGACUGUGCAAUGCGGAGUAAAAAGGAAGCCUACGAUCUAGCUAAACAAACGAAGCUCUCACAAUUGCUAACGUCAAACGAAAAGCGACGAUCGAAGGCAAUUAAAGAGGAUUUGGAUUUCUCUGAGGAGAAGAAUGCGAAACCAUAAAAAUAUUAUUUGUUCAUCGCCCACAACGGAAUCUUUAAGUUUAUGAUUGAAAGCUAACAGCAAACACACACUUUAUUUAUUCAUUCCUUAAUAUACAUAAGCUCUCAAGCAUACAUUAGCAAAUAAACAACGUUUUAUACCUUGUUAUUUCAAAAAA